AUGGCGGUUUUCGGGCCAUUCGGGGCAGGUUCGAGGGAGGAGACAGCGUUUGCGUUUGCAGAUGCCGAGGAUUACAGCGGCUGCGUUUGGCCGCUCAAGACUUACACGUGCAGCUUCUGCACCAGAGAGUUCAGGUCGGCUCAAGCCCUCGGCGGCCACAUGAACGUCCACCGCCGAGACCGAGCUCGUCUCAAACACAACCAAGAAGCCGAUCACCAAGUUCACGUUCUCAAAACCAAUAUUCUCUGUCUUGUUUCCAAGAAUCUUUCAGAAGAUUCAAGAAAGUUCGAUGCUCUUGCUGAAGAUCCUGCUAAGAACCAAGAGAAUGGUGAGGUCAGGACAGAUUUGUCAAUGGGUUUGAACUCGGAGCUGUGUCAGAAACCGACAACGAGAUCUUAUUGCAAAAGGGCCAAACCGAAUCUCAUUUAUCGUCACGAGGAAUUGGAUCUCGAGCUGAGAUUGGGGGCUCAUUAUGAUGACAAGCAGAAAGGGUCCCUCGCCGGAAAAUCCGCCCUUGUCACCGGAGGAACUCGUGGAAUCGGGCGUGCAACGGUGGAGGAACUAGCAGGGUUCGGUGCAAGGGUUCAUACGUGUUCCCGGAACCAGGAAGAGCUAAGCCAAUGCUUAGAUGAGUGGAAAAGCCGAGGUUUUGAGGUUUCCGGUUCAGUUUGUGAUGCUUCGGUUAGUGGCCAAAGGGAUAAGCUCAUUCAGGAAGUGGCCUCAGAGUUCAGCGGCAAGCUGAACAUACUUAUCAACAAUGUAGGAACCAAUAUCAGGAAAUCGACAGUUGAAUUCACCGAUGAGGAUUUCACAAAACUCGUAUCUACCAACUUGGAAUCAGCCUUCCAUUUGUCCCAAAUCGCUCACCCUCUUCUAAAAGCAUCCGGGUUCGGAAGCAUUGUGUUCAUCUCUUCAGUCGCUGGUGUGGUUGACGUUCGAACUGGAUCUAUUUACGGUGCAACGAAAGGAGGCAUGAAUCAGCUGACGAGAAACCUAGCCUGCGAGUGGGCAAGCGACAACAUCAGGGCAAAUUGCGUUGCGCCAUGGUAUAUCAAGACUCCACGCAUCGAACCGUUUCUGGAGAAGAAAGAACUGAUGGAUCAGAUAGUUUCUCGGACGCCGCUUGAACGCGUCGGGGAGCCAGAGGAAGUGGCGGCUCUCGUCGCUUUCCUCUGCCUCCCCGCGGCUUCCUAUAUCACCGGACAGGUAAUUUCGGUUGACGGAGGAUUCACCGUCAAUGGUUUUAACCAUCUUCUUAAGUAAUAUCUGCUUCUGUGAACGGUGAAAGUAAAACUUGAAGGGGGAAAACCCCUUUUGUUCUUUAGGCAUUUUGAUAAUACAUUGGUUUUGUUCUUUCUUUUCC